AUGUUUGGAUAUCGACCAAAUCGAUUUGCGGGUAUUGUCUCGAGAUACGACCCUCGAGAGCCUCUUCCAGCAGAAUUGAAAAAUGCGUUUCACAGGUCAAAUGUCCUGCAGACCAAUUUGCACAUGCCAUAUCCAAGACAGGCUUUUCACACACACCCCGCCUGUGCGCCACCAUUGCUACAUUCAAAUAUCCCAACCUACACAAUUCAAGAACCAUCUCUUGGUCGGAAUGUGCUCCCGCCAGUCUCCAUCUCGAUUGAAGCCUCCGUCAUUCAAGACACGGCCAGCAUCACAGUUACGCAGCUCUUCUGGAACGACUCGGACAGCAUCAUCAAAGAGGCCGCCUACACGUUUCCUCUUUCAUCUGGCUGCACCGUGACAGGCUUCCAUUGUCGCAUCGGUCAUGGCAAAGUCUUGGCUGGCAAUGUCAAGCCAAAGGAAGAAGCCCGCGCGGAAUUCCAGCAGCAUGUCCGCAACCGUACCACAGGAGCGGCGUUGCUCGAGCAAGAUACCGAGGAGAUAUUCACCACCAGCCUUGGAAAUCUCCCAGCAAGAACCAAGAUCAGGGUCACUGUCACCUACAUCACCCUUCUCAAACAUCACUUUGCCCAUCGUAAGGGGAUCACGACACUGACGAUUCCAACUUGCAUCGCAAGCCGCUACGGUGACAAACCCCAAGACUACAACAAUGCUGCCUCCACCUCCAUUCCAGAAGGCCUCACGAUACAGAUUGAAGUAGUUGAAGCCGGCAAGAUUGCCUCAAUUGUCAGCCCAACACACAAGGUCACUGUCGAAAACCGGUUGGGAACACGUGCGGCCAGUUCCUUUGCCGACCUUGUUGGUGAAGACACCCGAAGUAGUGUCGAAACAGCCCUGGUGAAACUAGAAACAGGCUCUGCUUUUCUCGAUCGCGACUUUGUCCUUGAUAUCACAACAGGAGGCCCGAAUGAUGAAACCGAAGCACCACAAGCAUGGAUCGAAAAGCAUCCCACCCUACCCAAUCAACAGGCACUCAUGGUGACAAUUCCGCCUGGCUUUACCACGCGCACAUCCAAUCCUACCGAUCAGACCGAGAUACUUCUCUUGGCGGAUCUGUCAGGGUCCAUGAUCGACAAGUUAACCUCGCUCAGAGCUGCCAUGCAAUUCUUCCUGAAGGGUAUUCCCAAUGGCCGCAAGUUCAAUGUGUGGUGUUUUGGCUCAAGUUACAAGUCGUGGCAGCCUCAUUCGGUGGAUUAUGGCGAAGCAUCGUAUCAGUCCGCUUCUUCAUGGGUUGACACCAACUUCCAUGCCAACAUGGGGGGUACUGAACUGCUUCCCGCAGUCCAGGCCAUCCUGACUGCGCGUGACAAAAGACUGCCUACAGACAUCAUCAUUUUGACUGACGGAGAGACAUGGCGCCUGGACGAAACCCUCGAGUACAUUCGGAAACAGAGGGACUUGACUGAAGGGGGUAUACGGUUCUUUGCUUUAGGUAUUGGUCCAGCAGUCUCCCAUGCCUUGGUGGAGGGCAUCGCCAAGGUUGGUGGAGGAUAUGCCGAAGUGGUUCGAGAGGUGGGCGAAGGGGAUUGGGAGGAUAGGAUUGUCAGCAUGGCAGAGGCAGCACUGAUGACCGAUCACUUGGGGCCUAUGCAUUUGGAGGUCAAUAUCAUGAGGGGCGAUGGCAGUAAGCAAGCUUCCAGUAUCCUCAACGCCGAGCAAUCUCCAGCAGACAUAUCCACGCUCAGCCCGUUCAACAGAAGCCGGAUCUUUUUCCUCUUUGAUUCCUUCAAAUCAUCCGAGAGUAUCACCGACGUUACACUCAAAGCCGAUACUGCCCACGGGACCAAGACCUUCCAUGUUCCUGUGACGCUUCUCGAGAAGCCAAGCAUAACAAUUCAUCGGCUUGCCGCCCGCUCACUGCUCAAUGAUCUGGAGCGAGGUCAGAGCCAUAUUCACCUGGGCUCUACUCGCCCCUAUCCUGGUUCUUGGGACGAGAGAAAUAGAGUACGAAAAGAGGCGGAGAAGAUUGGCUGCAAAUGGUCACUUGUUUCCAAAUGGACGAGCUUCUUUCUGAAAGAGGAGCUCUGUCCUGCUGAGCCGGAUGAUAUUUGGUGCGCAGAAGGCGGUGCUGAGGCUGUUGAUGAGCCUGGAGAUGACUUGUUGCAAUCACACGGGCCAAUUGCUGGGGUUACUAUGGUCGAUAGUGGCAAAACAUCGGUGCCUGCCUCUGGCUUGCUUCUAGUAGGGGAGCUUGUCUCUACACCCAGGAACUCAGACGACUUGUCCGGAAUUCCAGUCGGGCGACACUUGCAAAGGCCUGUGCCUCCUAGCUCUUCUGUACAGAGCAACCCUAUGAGACCUCCAGGGCUGCAACUUCCAAGACGUCCUUCCUCGAACAGGAGAGAAUUCCUACUGGUUGAAGACACAAACUGUUGCGCUUUACCUGGCAACCUAAUCUUCCCCAAGAUGCGGAAGUCCACUGGCGUUGCAGACCCUGAAGUUAAUACUCUCAAGAAACAGAGCGAUAUUGCGCGAGGGGCGGGCGCUUCAAAUGAGAGCCCCAUCCUGGGAUCUCUUUCUGGAGAUCCUCCGAGGGAUCCUGGCUCUAUUUUCGAGUUCGACGACACCGAUGCAGAUGAUUCAGAGACGAACAAUACCAGUGUUCCUGACAACGGAUCAGAAAGUAAAUUUAAACGGAGAAUGCCUUACGUCUCAGGUGUAGUACCGCGGCACAGAACGGCCAUACCCAGUGAAGAUGAAUGGGUGUUCGACCAAGUACUUGAUCCGAAAAGUCAAGAGCACGAAAGUAUACAAACUCAAUCACAAUGCUACUCGAUUGCCGCUGAAGCCUUCUGCUGGAAGCCGGAAGAGGAUGACGCGAUCGAAUUCCCGGCGUCUCUUCCUCCGUGGGCCCCUUCUUCUGAUUUACCUCCGAUGGACGCCAUGCUCGAGAAGUUGAGAUGUGGGCCGGCAUCACCCCAGACAAGCAGUCCAACUUACGCACUUGUGAAUAUUGAAGAGAUCCCAAAUAUACUAGCUAAACCGGCGCCCGGUCCGGAUUAUAACUUGGAGUCCGAAGACGAUCAGGCGAUCGAUUUGUAUACCGAUGUCUAUCUCUGCAAACCUUCUCCUGGUCCACUUCCAACGGACCCAAUGUACGCGCGUGGGGCGUACGAGGAGGCUAAAGCGAAGAUUGAGGAGAGCCCAGAAGAGAGCCCAGAGGAGACGGAGAAGCGGCCGAAGCGUCGCAGGGUGAGAGACGAGCACGAAAGAGUUACACAACCCAAGAGUGGCGACAAUAAGCCAUGGACAGACAACCGCAUCAUUUCUGAACUUCUCAGGUUUCAAUCCGCCGAGGGGUAUUUUGCCAGAGGGUACUCAGUCCAAACCGGCCAAAUCAAUGAUCUUCACCCUUCUAUCAUCACCAUUCCAGGGGAAGAAGAGGGCCAACACGGUGAACACGUCAUUCUUCUGCGGGAUUUCCUCGAGGAAGAAACCACCAAGGGCCCAGGCAAUCUCUUGACUAAACACAACAAAGGCCAACACAACGAAGUUGUCGUCCUCCUCCGUGAUUUACUGGGGAAAGAAAUUACCAAGAGGCUACGUACUCUCCGGGAUAAACACGACAAAGACCACAUGUUUGGUAAGGACAUGGCCCUGAAAGAAAGGAUCCUCUUCACUAUUGCCGUUUGGGUGCUUCUCGAGCGGGACUUUGCCUCCAAGCGGCGUCUGUGGGUUUUGAUGAUUAGGAAGGCAAAGUCGUAUCUAGGGGGGCGUAUCGAUCGGCGGUAUGACGCGUUUGACGAGAUGAAGGCUGCUCUGGAAGGUGCCAAGAUUCAUGGGUAUAAAUCACGGCAGGAUAGUCUGGCAGCUCCUCUCUAUGUGAAUGCGCGCAGUUUUGAGGUUCAAUUUGCGGUGUCGAAGACCGUAGACACUGCGGCUAGGAUGACUGCGGAGUCUGAAGUUCUUGAGGGAGAGCAAGAUCGGGAUGAGGUGGGUGUGGAGCUCGAGGUUGGCACAGGCGAGGCUCAAGGCAACAGUCAAGCGGCAGGAAAGGGCUCGGUCGUUUAA